CCCUUGAGUACCAUAAUAUAAAAGGCUAUGGGAAUACAAAGCAGCCACAGAUAGUUGUCAGUAUGAGUGGCUAAAGAUCAAGGAGCAUAUCAGCACAGAUAUCAUAUCAAGAGGGUUUCACAAGCAAAAUUUCAAUAAAUUUCUAACUAAUUAACAUCAUUUAUGAAUGAAACCAACAUCUGUUGAACCAAUAGCCAACGUUAACAGAAUUAAUUUAUCAGUGUUAUACGUGUACGUGAAGCACUUUUAUCUCUUGCACAAAGACCUUAUUCACUACAAGUUAUUGCCGAGGAUUGUAGUCGUCCAGUACCACAUAGAGCAUCAGUCAGUGUAACAAUUGAACAAAUUCUUCUUGAUUGCAAACCAGGCUGGAAAAAUUUACCAAGUGAUAUUGAAUUUCUUGGAUCUGAAGAAAAACCUGAACGUUUAUUUAUGCAUUCGAGUUUACACCUGGAGACAUGUACUGGUCCAUGUGCUAAUCCAUUUAUAGAAGCUCGGUUGGAACUUAGAUCGCCUGUAAUCGGUCAGAAUCUCGUUACAGCUAAUCCACAAUCCUGUCGACAUGAACCAACAAGUAUAAAAAGACAGCAGAAAUUUUGCGGUCUCGAUCCAACAACCAUUACAAAUCUCCUUCCUGAUCCUGAGUAUGAUUUAGUGAACCAGUUAAUUGGACCAGUGCUGAAUAGUCCACCACGUUUAAUUCCAUCAGUGCUUGCUUGGCGAUUUGAUCCAACCUUAUCGACUGUAUGGGAGAUUGAUGCAGAUCGAUUGUUCAAUAAUACAAGAUUACCAAUUAAGUGGGAUUCAGAUUUUACCAUAUCAUUUUGGCUUAGACGACAUCAUUCUCAAAACAAUUUGAGAGCAUCAAAUAAUGACGAGAAUGAAGAAUCAAUACUUUGUAGCCAUGAUAACAUUGAAUCUGAAUGGAGGUAUUUGUCGAUCAAUUUACAUGGAUGUCGAUUUAUAGUAAGGAUUAUGUCGUCCACAAGUAGUGAACUGAAAAAAUCUACACUUUUUAUAUUCGAUCCGUUACCAGAAGAGAUUUGUUCUCAUACUACCGGUCAUGAUGAUGGAAUAUGGCAUCAUUAUGCAAUCACAUUCAGUUCAUCGUCAUCAUCUGCAAUAAACAACGAUCCGAUUAUCAUUUUAAUAGAUGGACAAGAUUUGGAUAUUAAGGCCAUGCCUACUGUUUAUGAAUCAUUACAAACCGCUUCAAAUCCUUUCGGCUAUAAAGGAAAACCGAGACUUACAAUUGGUGCAUGUUAUGAUCCUCAGACACACUUAACAAGACAACAUUUACAUGGUGAUUUGACUGGUUUCACAUUAUUACGUGAAAAAAUUGAAUCCCCGAAUACGUUAAGAUGUAUUAGUCAAUGCGGUGAAGCUUUACUUAUUCCAAAUGUUAUGGAGGUAUUAUGUCCAGAUAUUGACAUACAUUUAGAGAAUGAUUUAAUUACCGUGAGCGGACAAAACAUAAUGCAUUUGACUGAUGUACUGACUUCAAUUUCUUAUGCUAGACCACAGCCAGGAGUUAGUGUGAAUUAUGUACCUAAUGUGGCACAAUCUCGUCUAUUGAGAUUAUUAACCUCAUAUAGAUGCUCAGGAGACCAAUCAUUUGUCAUACCAACUGCGGAGAUCAGGUUAAAUGUUCUACCUAUGACGGUUACGGACAUCUUAAGAACAUCUCAUCAUGACUUAUCCGACCAGAUCUCUCAAUCAACCAAGGAUACUUCUUUAUGGGUUCCUGCUAAUAUGCAUGUUCUUGAUCGCCCAGGUCUAUCUCAGGCUAUAGUGGGAACAAAAGCCAAUUAUGAUAAAAAUUCAAGACCACUUCAACCUCCAUCGUUAAUAAUUCUUGGGUCAGACAUUGUAACCACUGAGCCACCUAUUAAUCCACCUGGAAUCCCUUUAUUUUCAGACCUUCGUUUUGGGCUUCCAACAGAACGAGUUUCUGAUUCAUCGAGUUCUUCCCAGGUUGCUGCAGGUGUACCACUGGAUGACUGUUUUGUAUGGCUUAUCUCAACUGGUAAUCCGAUCAGUUUAAAUAUAAGACCAAAAUUAUAUGAAGAAUAUGGUGCACGUAUUGACUGGCCUGUAGAUGAAACUCAAUCAAGUCAAUUAAUUGGUCUAGCAGAUCGUACUGGGAUACAACUGAGAGGACGUAAACCUGCUUUAAUCUAUGCUAACCUAUUACAGAAAUUUCGAUUUUGGCCACCAAAAAAUAUUCGUUCAGUGCAACUAAUGGAUGCAAAUAAAGAAAUAAUUUAUAUGGCCAAUAUUGGCCUAAUAUGUAGUUUAGACAGUGGGAAGCAAACAACACCUGAAUUUGUUGUCAAAAUUAUUAUUCAAGGCAAAGGGUCAGAAACAGCAUCGCUUAUCAAUGAAGUAGGUGCAUUUAUUUCAAAUCAAUCUUUGUCAUCUCGUCCAAAUCCUGAUGCAGUACAUUAUGUACUAUCCGAUCAAGAACGUAUUGAAUCUGGUGACAAAUCAUUAAAUCGUCUACGCCUUAUUAAUCCAAUUGAUUAUGAAUAUGGGACUAUAGAUAGAAAGCCUCAGUACAGUUAUACUGGAUUAGUUAUUGGUUUAUCAGUUUCUGCUAUCAUAUUAGGGUUAUUAAUUGGUACAGCUAUUUGGUAUAUACAAAAAAAUAAACCGCAACAUCAUAAGAAACCAAUGCGUCGUAGAAGAUUUGCAUCACAACCUGCUGAUUUUGGUGGUUCUAAUUUAAAAACAGAUCCAACUCUUAGACUUACAACUAAUCCCGUAAAUGAUUUACAGUUGAUGAGUAUGAAAAUUAAAUCUAUGCAUGGAAUAGAUUAUUCACUACAUUCAACACCUACACGAAAUCAUUGUAUUUAUUCCCCACCAUUGACAACACAACGAGUUAAUCCAUUUAAUAAUACAUCAUGUGAUGAAUUAUCUGGUUCCAUGUAUUCACUUCCAAAUCAAACACCAAGGCUAGCUGAUCUUGAAGAGUUUGAAGAUGAAAAUUAUGAAUAUGACGAUGAAUUGGGUAGUGUAGAUCAAAUUCACAAUCCUAAAUAUUGGAUUACUGGACAAAUAUUAAAAAAUAAUUCUACUAAAACUUCAAUUAUAAAACCACAUGUUGAUCAAGAACAAAUAGAAAAUUUAAAAUCUUUUUGUCCAAAUAAUUCUCUAACAAAAUCAGACCGUUAUGAAUGGAUUGAUAAUGAGUUGGAUACAAAUUGGCACGAAAAAAUUCAUGAGAAUCAUAAACAUGAAUCAAAAUCCACCGAAUUAUUUACUCAAACAGGUCAGUUAAAUCAGAAUAAAAAUAUGAAUCAAACUGUUCAUGUGUAAAAAAAAAGAAAAAACAAUUUCAUUUUCUUCAAGAAAUGACAUAUUCCUCACUUGAAUGUGUAUUCUCAGCUUUCAUUAUAGUAAGUCUGUAUGUCUA